UCCUUCAGCUCCCUUCCUCUCACCUGACAUUCUCCUGCAGGUUUUUUCUCGGUUAUAUCUCAACUCACCCACACCUCACCUCGCCCUCGUCGCCGAGGUUUUGUUGCCCGCCGCCCCGCGCUGCUCUGCAGUACGCUGUCUUCGCGCUUUCAUGCUCCGCUUGCCUCAGUUUCCCUUGAGGAAGCAGGUGCCUAGGGGGAGGCCUGUGCUGCUGUGAAAACUAAAAAUCUGAUACUGGGGAUGUUUAGAGGAACUGUCCUGCUCUGUUUCGUGAAAAUUACAGGCACAGGAGUCUCUGCAGAAUGGCAACUGCUCAGAAGCAAAAGAAUUCUGUGAGUGCAGUUGUAUUUCCCAAGAAAAUAGCCACGGAGCAGCAAUCCCUGAUGCUGGUGAAGAGGCUCCUGGCAGUGGCAGUGUCCUGCAUCACGUACCUGAGGGGAAUCUUUCCUGAAAGUGCCUAUGGAACCAGAUACAUGGAUGAUGUCUGUGUCAAAAUUCUGCGGGAAGACAAAAACUGUCCUGGUUCUACCCAGCUGGUGAAAUGGAUGUUAGGAUGCUAUGAUGCCUUGCAGAAGAAAUACCUGAGACAGAUUGUCCUAGCAGUUUAUACCCAGCCAGAGGAUCCUCAGACAGUCACAGAGUGUUACCACUUCAAGUUCAAGUACACCCACAAUGGGCCGCUCCUGGAUUUCGGCAGCAAGGACAAGAAGUCAGACUCCACCAUCACCUGUGCAGACACCAAGAAGGCCAGCAUCCUCCUCAUCCGCAAGAUCUACGUCCUGAUGCAGAACCUGAGCCCGCUGCCCAACGAUGUCUGCCUCACCAUGAAACUCCUCUACUAUGAUGAGGUUACACCCCCUGAUUACCAACCUCCAGGGUUCAAGGAGGCCAAGGACGGGGGGCUGAUGUUUAAUGAGGAGCCCAUGUACCUGAACGUGGGGGAAGUGCCAACGCCCUUUCAUAUGCUGAAACUGAAAAUUACAACUGAGAAACAGCGCAUGGAGAAUGUUGAUAAGAACAUCCUAAAGCAGGGAGAGACUGCUGAGCUUCUCCAGGUGUGUGGAGUGAGCGGAGAUGAUCCAGAAGAAGAGAACCAGGACAUGAAUGAGGAUCCUGUCUUGGAUAAUGAAGUGGAAGAGAAGAAUCAUGUGAAUAUUUCAGAAGCUCAAGAAAAUAAUUCAACUCAUGAAGAGGUGGCUGGAGGGAUCCAGACUCCCCCGCACGUUUCUAAUCCUCAGGUUGAUCAUUUGACCCGUAAAACGUCUGAGCUGAUUGUGUCAGAGAGCAGGACAAGAAGUGGAAAGAUAUUCCAAAGCUGCAUUGUGCACCAGGCUGAGCUCUCCUCCAGCCAGGACGUGCUGCCCAAAAGGAGGAAGCUCAGCGAGCCCAAGGAGCAGUUUUAGCUCUCCCGAGUUCUCCGCUCCCGCUUGUUCCGUGGGGCUGUUGGGUUUUAGGGAUCUGUUCUGCUCCAUUAGCAGUCCCGUCCAUGGGAGUGUGUUUAAAGGAAGGAAAAUGUCAGGAAGCCCAGCUGAAGAAUUCCGAACUCAUUUUGUGCGGGACCAGAAAUCCUUGGAUUUGGGGCUUUGUGGGUUUGCUCCGGGUCCUGAUGGUGAUGGAGGAAAUUCAUCCCCCAGCACGAGGUUUCACCGGUGCCUUUGGGCUGCGGUUCCGAGCUGAGGAACUCACCCAGAACCUGCCUUGCCCCAAAACCUCUCCGGUUUUGGGAUGAUUUCCAGAGGGCUGGGCUGUCAGUUACAGGCUGUUACAGUUUUGGAGUUACAGGUUUUGCUUUUCCUACCGGCACCGUUGGAGGAGUUGGACUCUUUGCAUUUCUUCCAGACCAGAAGCACCAUACUCAGCUGAAAAACCAGCCCUCCCCAUGCCUCGAAUUCCAGACUCCCUGCCAGAACGCAGGAAUUUCCCGUGCCAGGUAUCCGCUGCCCCGGCAGCGCCCGUUCCAAGGUGCGAGAGCACUGGGAGAACCUGGCUGUCCUUAGAACGAUUUGUGGCAGGGGUUGGACUCGGUGCCAAAUCCUCCAGCGCCACAGCGUUCAUUGUCCGGCUGCCGUCGGGGAAGGGGAGCGGAGCCGAACGUUUCUUGACGCUUUUGACUCUCCGGUUUGGAAUCUGUUCACCAGCAGUCAGCUAUUAAACGGCGUUCGCCUUUG